AUGCCAGCUCACAAAUAAGCAGGGGGGUCCUCAUCUCCCUCGUCCACUUUCUAAUUUCUGGAUUCUCUUUCUUUCUUCUCCGAAUAACCAAAAUUAAAGCUCCCCCAAAAUAAUCCACCGAUUAAUCUGUAUAAGGCGAGUGAGCUGAUGAAAUAGAAGAAGAAAGUGAGUGGAAAUUCCAGGGAUUUUAUAGGGGAACAUGGCGUGUAAAGGAUGCUUGGAGUGCCUACUGAAGCUCCUUAACUUCUUGCUCACUCUUGUGGGUCUGGCUAUGAUUGGUUUUGGGAUUUACUUGUUUGUUGAGUAUACAAGAGCUGAUGACAACGUAGCACUAGUGUCGACGCUGAAUGAUGGUCAGGGUUUGACGCAGCUUGGUCGCCCUAUGCUUAUGACUGUGUCUCUUUCGGACAAUAUCCUUGAUAAGCUGCCAAAAGCUUGGUUCAUAUACUUAUUUGUUGCUGUAGGAGUAAUUCUCUUCAUCAUCUCUUGUUUUGGUUGUAUUGGAGCUGCAACACGAAAUGGCUGCUGCUUGACUUGUUAUUCAGUAUUGAUCGUCUUGUUGAUAUUGGUAGAGUUGGGAUGUGCAGCUUUCAUAUUCUUUGAUAAAAACUGGAAAGAAGAAAUUCCACCAGACAAAACUGGAGAUUUUGACAUGCUAUAUGAUUUCCUCAAAGAAAAAUGGAACAUUGUCAAAUGGGUUGCUCUUGGAAUAGUUAUUUUGGAGGCUUUGAUUUUCUUGUUAGCCCUUCUGGUUAGGGCAGCAAACAGGCCACUAGAGUAUGACAGUGAUGAUGAGCUCAUUGCUCCUAGGCAACAGAACCGACAGCCUUUGCUUAACAGGCCACCAGCUCCUGCAACAGGUGUGCCUGUUGCUGGAACCCUUGAUCAGCGUCCAAGCAGAAAUGAUGCCUGGAGUACACGAAUGAGGGAAAAGUAUGGGCUUGAUACAUCCGAGUUUACAUACAACCCAUCUGAGUCGCACAGGUUCCAGCCAGUGUCUGCGCAACCUGCUGAGGAAAGGAGUCGCUGCACCAUCAUGUGAUGACUUAAUGGAUCUUGUUGAUUGGGUUUCUGUAUGCCAUUUUCCUGGACGAGGGUGUGAGUUUUGAUUGAGUUUGUGUACAAUAAACAUCAGGUUCAUAUAUCACAGCCUUUCCGCUUAUUGGUACCUUCUAAAGAUCAACGCCUUUUCUGUGUAUGCAUUAUGAUUUUUAAAUAUCCAGAAGCAGCUCUUGUUCUUGCUUUUAUUUCUGUGAUU